CGAGAUCAAUUAAUAAUUUCUCUUUGCUGUGCACGUAUAAGAGCCUACUCGUUAAUUUUCACACUUUUUCACGCUGAACCUUUGCAAAUUGCGCUAAAAAUUCUCGAACUUUACCGAAUCAUUCGCGUAAGAAUCAUCAAACCGGCGCGCCGUGCGGCGGAUUCGAAGUGCGCGCGGGAUAUACGCGAGGUUGGCAGGCCCGCGCCGCUACUCGCGCGACAGAGAAGGAAGUAUUCAAUCUACACACAUUCAGUCAUCACAUCUAUCCACCGUGCGGAGCCCCCGUUGCACGUCGGGUAACUGAACAUGUACGUACAUUGUGUUGCGCGAGCGACGUAAAGCGCCCUACGAACGUUGUGUUGCUAAGUUCGGCCUAGCUGAGCUCGGCUCGUGGCUCCUGACCCGUUUGCGCGUUGCAUGCGCGCGGAAUCGCGCAUCGAGGCGUUGCUGGCGGCCUCCCUGGUGGUGUGCUCCGUGGCGGGCGAGAAACGCAACGAGGUGCCGCCGAGAAGGAGCGAGCGAGCGACCGCGAGAGUGAGUGAGACGGACGAGACGAAGUGAUAAGGACGAAGAGAGAGGGAGCGAGCGAGAGAAAGAAGGGAGGGAGGUAGGCGAGCGAAGGAGUGAGAGAGAGGGAGAGAGAGAGAGAGAGAAUACGCGCGCGCGCGCGCCUUCCGCCGUCUGCGUUCCUGGGACUGACGCUCGCUGGUUCCUCCGAAGUACUUUAUACACGUAUACGUGUACGCGCGAACGUGCUCGGUCCAAUCGCCCGGAACCGACUGGAACCUGUGUGCACCGUGCCGACGACACCGACGACGAGGGAUCGCUCGUCACGCGACUCGCGGGCUAAGAUGCCCGACGUAGCUGCCGCCAGCAACGUCAGCAUCAGAGCGGCCGGACUACGCAGUCGAGCGCAUUCUUGGUUUUCCACCGGUGUGUCGCGGGACUGCACGCGCCGUCGCCGAUCACGUUGCUGAAACUGCUGAAUCUCUUGACUGGUGUGUGUGUUUUGUGUUUUGGAGCAGUGCUGCGGGAAAGUAUGCUCGGUAUCCUGGGGAGGUAUUUCUUUGAGAGACAGCUACAACGUGUACUGCACGUGCGAGGAAACAUUUCGAUUAAAAUACAGUGAUAGUUUCGGUGAUACGUGCAGGUACUUUGGUAUCGUACGCUGUUUACUGAUCAACGCAGGAAGCCUACGAAUGCAUAAUAUAUCUGAGACGAUUCUUGUGUAACGAUACAUAAGGGAACGAUUAUACAGCAGGAUAUAUAUGCAUUGUUAGCUGUGUACGCAUUAACAGCUACCCGGUGCUUUGCACUUGCACAUAUACAUAUGUAUGCACGUUGGUGUAGUUACAAAGCACGCUGAUCCUAGGGGAUAUUAAUAUUCUUCAAAGUAGACUUACAAGAGGGUUGCUUCAGUAUUUACAAAUGUUGAUUUGAUGAGAAAAUUGGAUCGAGUAUUCCAUCAGGAUGUGUGAGCAAACAGAAAUAAACUAUCUGGACGGAGAUGUGGUCUGGGUUAAACUGGGAGCAUGCUGGUGGCCUGGUCAAGUCACCGGUUUGCGCAACUUGCCAGAAGACAUCCAGGCUGAAUUUCAAAAGAAACCGUUGAUAGCUGCUGUAAAAUUUUUUCAGGAGGACACCUACGAAUUUGUGAAGAACUAUCAGCAGAUCUAUAAGUACACCUGCACGCUUAAAGAUGAAUUCAUCAAAAAGGGUUUGGAUAAAUAUAGGAGCAAAAGUAAAGACGGCAGCAGUUAUAUGGACAAAUUUCCGGGUGACGUGGAGAUGGCAGAGAAGUUAACGGGAGGAGAUCCCGAUAUAUUGGCUCAAGAGAAAUUUUCUCCGGAGGAGAAGCCAGAUAUAGCUGCUUUGUUUGGUGAGAAAAGGAUUCCAAAGAAGAAGCGCGAGGAUGGACACAGACGAAGCGAUGGUGCAGAGAGCAUGAAAAAGAUCACGCAUCCGCGUUUCUUACGGGAGAGUGAUCAUGAGGUUCGCAUUCGUCAGCAACCCGGCAGCUUGCCAUCGACUCCGACCAGCACAGGACGUUCUCCAGUAUAUCGCUGUCACGUCUGCAGUUUCACUUCUACGCGCGUUAACGUAAUCAUCUGUCACCAAAAGAGCCAUCGCUCUGGUGACACGACACCGUCGAAGGUUAAAACGUACUCUCAGUCGCGCAGCAGAGUUUCUGACACGAGUACACCGAAACGGAAAUAUGUGAGGAAAGAGAAAAGCCAAUCGAGUAAGAAGAAGAGCGAGAGUGGACUGGAAUUGGGUAAACGAAAGCAUUUUAAACAGAACGAAAGAUCCGUCAAGAAGAAGAAGACUGAUCCGGAACUGCGUGAAAAGCUAUUGGCCGACUGGGACGACGAGUCAGAUGAGGAAAUGAGCGUCAGUGUAACUAAUUCUCUAAAUAAUGAUUUAAGCAGUCCGUCUGUGAAGAAUCAAUCGAACCUUGAUAACAGCAAGGAAGAUAAAGAGGAAAAUGCUGUAGAGAAUAAUGAGAUUAUGGCAGAAACAGAGAAAUUACUUAAGGAAACCGAAGAGUUAUCGUCGAUACAGAUAUUACGGGAGUCAUUGGACAAUCUUCAUUCAUUGAAGAACGUACGAUUGAGCAGUUUUGAGAAGAAAUCUGAAUCUGAAAAAUCUGAGAAAGGCGUCAAGACUGACACUUCCAAUGAAUCAUUCAAGAAGUCGCAGAAGAAGGACACUUCAGGUUCAGAUAGUGAAACGAAAAACGUCUCUGACAAAGAUGACAAGAAAUCACGACUAUCGUGCUUCGAUUUUGACGAAGACGAUUUAAGCGAGCCAUCUAUACCGCCCGUGCGAAAAAUUCCCAGAGUAUUCGGUGAGAAAAAUUUGUCCUUGAAGAAGGAGAUUAUCAAGGAAUUUGAGAUGAGUCAAGCUUUGAAAAAUGAGAUUAAAAAGGAAGCCGAGAUAACUAGCAAGAUAUCCAAACACAUGGAGUUAAAAGCCGACGAGAUAAUGGAAAUAAUACAAGGUAGCGACCAUCGACAGGAGAAGAAAGAGAUUGGAAUGAGCGAAAAGUUGGACAAAAAUGUACGAGAUAAAACUGAAGCGAAGAAAUCCGAAAACAAGGAGGAAAAGCAAACUGUGCCAUCGGAGGGUAAUCAGCAGAAGUCCCCUAAAAUUAAAUCCCCUAGAAGGGAGAGGAAAAUCGUAGAGACAGUAAAAGUUGUGAAAGAAGACGGCGAUAAUGAUCGUUCUUCAAAUAGUAAGAUGGAUACUGAAAAGAGAACUAAGACUAUUGUACCUGAUGCAUCAGCAAAAAAUAAAAUCGGAACGGAAGGAAAAGGCGAAAUACUUGCACGUACAAAAUCUGAUGACAAAUUAUUUCAACUCGAGAAAAUUGAUUCAGAGGACGUGAUUGCGGAAUCUAAUGACAACACAUCUAUGAAAGAAGCCGAUGAUACCUUGUCGGAACGAUUUACCACGGAGACAGAAGACGAGACGGUGUCCGAAUCCGCAGAGACCAUGCCUGAGCAGAGCGAAAAUUCGGACGUGGAUAUGUUGGAUCAGAGCGGCAAUCUUUCGGGAAACCGUGAAGUAUUGGUUAAAAGAGGAAGAGGACGUCCACGCAAGAAUAAAAAUAUUAGAGCCAGUGUGGACAAAAGCUCGAAAGUGAAAGCUAAUAGAGGUAAUAAAAGAUUACGUGUGUCCGAGAAGAUUGAGAUCGAACGAAAAACAUCAGAUUCCGACACAGAUCGAUCGUACAGUGGCAGAAGACGCAAACCGAACAAGAAGUACUUGGAAUCCGAUAUAUAUGUCCCAGAUUCAGAGUACAGAGCAUUUAGAACUGAUGAGAGUCAAUCUGAGAGCGAGACUAAAGCUUCCGAAAAGACAGCGAGCAAAUCCAGAAGAAAUAAACGCUUUAAAGGCGUUGAGAACAAGAGCAGCGAGGUCGUAGCCCAAAUGCACGAGCAGGAAAUAGAAGUAUCCGAUCGAACGCCAACUGUGAGCGAGAACAACGUUAACGCAUCGUUGAUCGAGGCGAAACAUGAAAGUAAUGUUUCUAAACAAGAGAUAUCUUUCGGAGGACUCGAAGAAAAAUCUGAAGAGAUGAAACGUGAUGUAUCCGCAAAGUCAACGAAACCUUUGAACAAAACGAGCAUUGGAAAAGUUGAUACGGACGUAUCUUUGGAAGAAGUGCAAAUGUCAGGAGCUAAGAACAAAACAGAGGGAGCAAAAUUAGAUUUGGCCAAAUCUGUAGAGAAACCAUCAGAAGUAAAAGAAAAAGAAGAUUUAUCAAAACAAGAUAAAGACAUUGAACAAGAUCAGAAAAAGCCGCAUAUAGAGCAAAUGGCAGACACUGCUGAUAAGGUCGAAGCACAACCAGAAAUUGCGAAAACUAACGUAGAUAUGCUGCCGCCAAAAAAGUCUCAAAUAAAAAAAUUUGAAUUAUCGCAAAUUGAUUUUUUUGACGUGCAUGCUAAUAAGACGGUGGAAACUGAAUCUGAAUCUGAACGUAAGAUUGCACCCGAAUCCAAAAUUGAGCCUGGACGUGGACGUAAGGUUGGAUUUCAGACUGAUUUCGAAGAAAAAAUAGAUGAAGGGAACAAAGGAGAAGUGAAAACGCCAAGUACGAUGACAGAUGAGGUUGAAAAAUCUACGACUGAUACCGAGAAGCAGAAAAACCUGAAAAGUUUUGAGCUACAGGAAAAACCGGAUAAAGUAGAUGUAAAAGAACAAAAGAAGCAAUCAGUGGAGAAAAUAUCGCAAAAAAUAGAAAAUGAAAAAAAUCAGUUGGAAUUAAAAUCACCAGAAAAGAAAAUUGAAAUAAAGUCGCCAUCUAAAUCCGACGGCGCACCAAAAAGUCCAACAAAAACGAUAGUCGAGCAACAGUUGACGCCCAAAAAGUCUUCUAUGCAGACGAGAUACAAAGGUAGAUUUACACCGGAGACAGGUAAAGGAAGAAAGGACAGAGAUUUAUUCACGGAGGAAAAGCCAGCUAAUACAUUUCAGGAAGCUUUCUUGAAGACUUUACAGAUAGACAAGAAGAAGGUUGUAAUCGAGAAUGCCGAUGGAUGCAAAGGAAAAAAGGAGAAGAAAACUAGCAAAAAGAAAACUGAAACUGACAUGAGUACUGCCGCUCAGGAUACGAAAAUCGAUGAACCGAACAAAAAUUUGGGAGUUUCUGGAGAUGUCCAAAUUGAGGGUAACAUUCAGAAGAUCAGAGAUAUUCAGGCUGAAGGAAAUACGUCAAAUAUCUCCGUUGUGAGUAAUUUUGAAAAUGUCGAAAUAGUUGUCGAAGAGAAGAUAAAGCACGAUAUCAAAACUGGAGAUAGCAUCUUCGAAUCGUCACCCAGCGAAUUCGUCAUCACUUCUAAGCCGCUCGAGUUAGGAACAUCUUCCGAGGAUAAUUCUACAGUCGAUCUAGCAACUAAGUUGGAUGAAACUCCGAAAACGUCCACGCCUACGGCUUCUCUGUCGACUGAAAUCAGCGUACCGGUAAAGAAGCGCGAAAUGCCGCGAAUAAUCGAGAAUGUUACAUUAACCGAACCGGUGCAAAUUCUGAAGACGAAGUUACUUGAUAAACUACCGCAGAAAAAUACGAAGCACAAGUUGGAUCACGCGGACAUUGCAAAAGGCAGUCCCAAAACGAAGAUAAUGAAGAUAGAAACUUUGCCGUCGAACAGCAGAGUGAAAGGUGCGAAAUCCAGUCCGGCCAGUCCGCACCUAUCCUUGACUAAGAAGCUUCAGAUCUUAAAAACAGAGGAAGCGGAUGCGCUUGCUUCAGCGAAUACAGAGAAAAUUACACCCACGAAACAGACUAUCGUGGCCACACCGAUAACGGAGAAAUUCAUACAACAGAGCUCUCAGAGCCUCGCAGAUAUAGAACUGGACAUCAACUCGAUGCCGUUCGUUCUCAGUGAGGACGUGCUGACACCGGAGAGCAUCGAGCAAAUGCCCGUUGUCAUAUCUUCUAUCAUUCCAGCAUCCAGCUCGAUUCCAGCCACGCUUUCGUUUACUCCAACCACGCAAAUAGUCUCGCCAACUAAGACUCAAUUCAAGAUCACGAGCGAGACUGCCGUCGCGACUGAGACAUCGCCAGCGAAGAAGAAAAGUGGCGUGCCGGCGAUACUGAAGAAUAAGAGUAAAGCAAGACCAACGAUCACGAGCGUCAAGACGCUAGUACCGCCGCUUACUGGUGGCGUUAAGGGCUUGAAAUUCCAGAGCACUCAACCGGUCAGUAAGACGCCACCUCUCUUGACGCAGAAGAGUGCCACCCCGGGCAAGUACGUCGUCGUACAGACGGCAGACGGUCAGCAGUUACGUUACAGCGUCCAGGGCAAGUCGGGUACUCAACAGAAGAUCGCCAUCUCGACCGGCAAAACAGCCGGCAACGCGCAAGUAAUCCAGCAAGGUGGUAAGGUCGUCAUACUAACGUCAGGACAGUCGUGUCAGACAAAGAUGGUGCCAUUAAACAUUUCUAAAACAUUGAGCGGUAAGGUGCAGAGGAUUGUGACGAGCAAGGGCCAGUUACUGUGUCCGAUCAGUCCGCAGGGUGGAAUAAUCACUUCAAAAAUUAUUGCACCUAAAGCCGACACUGCUGUCGCAGCCGCUGCUGCGGCUGCUGGCUCGCCCACGACUUCCAAACUAGCCACGAGUGGUCACAAAAUCAUUAAUACGCAGGGAAUAAUCACGUCAAAGGGUGUGCUUACGCCGAUUCCAGGUACUAUCGCGAAAACGGCGUUAUUAGGCACACUCUCCCAGGGGAUCCUCACAAAAGACGGCAUCUAUACUCCGAUCAGCGCCUCGGCCUUGAGCGGGAAGAUCAUCGGCUCGAAAACUCUGGUCACUAAAAGCGGUACGACUCUCUUAUCUCCGCAAGCUCAAAAUCUAGGUGGUACAAAAGCGAUCCUGACUCCAGUAUCUCAAGCUAUCACUGGCAAGACUAUAUUGGGCACGCAAGCUAUCGUCAGCAGUAAGGGUACUAUUCUGACGCCAAUAACCGGGCAACAAGUGAAGGCAAUCGCCGCCAAGAGUCCAGUUAAAGGUAGCAAAGUGCAAUAUCAACAGGUGCAGCAGAAAGUGCAGUUGCCGAUAUUGCAGAAGUCACCGAAGGUGCCAAUAUCAGUUGCGAGCUCGCAGGCGAGAGUGCCCGCGAAAUCGCCGAGCGGCACGCUGAUUCUACAGAAUACCACUGCUACUGGUGGUACUGUCGUGACGCAGAAGGGCAUGCAUGGUAAGAAGAUUAUCAAGCAGGUAGUACAAUCGGGUGCCGCCAUUCAAGGCAUCGCUUCGCCGAGUGGUACGCAACAGACAAUGACAGUGGUGCAGCAAGUGCAGCAGAUGCAACCAAAAGCUAAAACUGCAACCGUGCAGAAAGUCAUUAUUCCUAGGACUGGCAGCCGCCAGACGAAGGCUCAGCAGAAGAUCCUGGUCCAGAAAGUGCAGGAGCCGGCGGUAUCGACGGUACAAGGUAUCCACACGAAGCAGACGAUCGUCGCCACCACCGCCAAUGUGCCAAUUGCCGCCAAGACGGCCGUACAUUCGAAACAAGUAGCUACCCCCGUGACUCCAAAGUCUUCCGCGAAGUCUUCGGGCAAGACCGGUCAGAUACAGAACACCUUGCUGAACGUCGCUCUGAAUUCGAUAAGCACCGCCACGACAAGCGGCAAUAUUGUUACAACCGUGGCUCUACCUCCGUUAGAACCGAUCGACGCGGAGAAGAAGAAGAAGAAGACGGACGUCCAAGUUACAGAUACCGUUCCAAAGGAGCAAGGUAAAACUGAGAAAUUUCAAGCUGCUGAAAAGAGCAACGAUGCUGAAAAGACGGCGGAGGAGCCGAAAAUAGCGGCGCAGCCACAAAUUAUGGCCCUGCCGACGGAAAGCAGUGAUGGCACGCAGACCUACGUGCUAGUAACGAUCGACGAACAAGGACAGAUACAGCCGCUCGAUAAUAACGCUCUUAUGUCGUUGGAAGGAACCACACAGAACCCAGACGGCACGAGAACCCUGUAUAUAGAUCCUAGUUCCUUGGGUGAGGCCGGAACCUUGGAUAAUAUCGUUCUCCAGUUCGAUAACGGUAUCUUGCCGGGCAUACAGACCAACGUGACAGAAGCUAGUCAAACGACGAUAACUGAGAGUUUCCCCGCCUCCGAGGUGAUACAGACGUCCAAUCAAGACAUACUAGCGGCCGCUCUCGCCAACACGGACUUCCAACAGGAGAUCAAUCUGCCGGAGAAUCAAACGGGUAGCGUCAUGACACAAACCGGCCUGACGCAGACGAGUCUCAUCAAUCAGACGAUUCUGCAAUCGACCAUUAUACCACCUACGGAACCGAUAUCAUCGCCGUCGGUCCUCGAAACUUCGCUGACCCUAAAUCAGCCAAUUAUGACGCCGCUUGAAGUGCCGAGCAAUCUUCCGAUUCAGUCAGCAGACUCGACUCCGACCUCGGUGGUGUCCACUAUUCCAUCCUCUCUCGAGCUACCAAUCACCAUUACGAAUCCCAACAUCUCCUACAUAUCUACCGCUGGCGAGACGCAGAUUCAGAUACCUGGCAACUCGAUGCCGGAUAUUGGCGAGAUUAUCGAGAGUCCAGCAACGGCCACUGCGACAGCGACAGCCGUGGUUGCGGCGAUUGCGAGCGGGGAGAUUGAUCGCGCAGAGAUUCCCGUGAGUACUCAGUACUUGGUGAUUCCUAAUCUGGACAAUAUCGCGGCCGCGGAGGACGCCCGAAACGUGCCGAACGCUGAAGCCUCGUACACGGUCACUAUGCCAAAUAGCAUUGUCCUAGAGAGUUCGCAGCAGGUGCAGACCACUCCAUCGAUGCCGAUCAUCGACGACACGUACGCGGAUAAUUCGCAGUUUACCACAACGAUUGUUGCUGCCGAGCAAACGUUCGCGGAUGUCCCGGUAUCGGAGAUGCUGGUUUCUAAAGCGGUCUCCGUGGAGAAUGUGCAAUCGCAAGACGUCACGGUGACAUCGGAAAUGAUCGUCUCCUCGCGUCAAGUCCCAGUGGCCUCCCCGCAGAAGGUGCAGACUAUAUCGACUGAUGAAUCUACAAUCCUGGACGAAGAGCGCGUCGCAACGACGCAAGAGGUCUAUUCUUCGCAGGAAGUUCCUAUCACGUCCGAAGAACUGAUCUCCUCGCAGUCGGUCAAAGAAGUUUCGAGCGCGAUGGAAGUCACUCGGGAAAAGUCACUCGAGGAUGACUGCAAAAAGAACGACACACCAACAAUGACUGGUUUACCGAUGAUAGACGAUACCACUUUAGUCACGUCUGAAUCUAAUUCUAGGGUGGAGUCCAUGGAGCAAGCCAGCUUUGAGGUGACCGAUUCGAGCGAGCCCAAAGCAGCCGAAUCGCACCAGGUGGACACGAUCGACAAACUGAAGCAGUUAUCGUUCGCCGAAGGGUCUAGCAGUAAAAUUAACUUGGCGGAUCAGCAAAUAGCCGGCACAUCGAACCAGGCGGAUGUACAAGUGCCGCAGCCAGUCGAGUCACUGAACUCCUCGCGCGAUGCAGCUAUGGAGGUGGACGAGGCGCCAGAAUCCGAGUUGUACGCCGGCAGCACGACUGGCAAGCAUGAUUCGAGGCACGAGGAUUGUCAGAGGGACGAGCCAUCCUCGCAGGAGGAAUCGGACAGGCGUCGCCUGCGCCAGAGCAUGGAGCUGCGUUUCGAGGAGGAAGAGGAGGCGAGGAACGCGGAUGCUAGUCAAGAGACGCCGUCGCAAUCUCGCUACGAGCAGUUUAUCGUAUCCAUCAGCACCAACGUCGUGGAUUUACCUAGUCAAUCCGCUGCUAAGUUGGAGAGUUCGUCUGGUGAAGCGACGCAAUCGGUGACAUACGAGCCGAUGGAGACGGACGAAGAGGCCGCCGUGACUGAACCGCCGACUCAAUCCUUCGAGCACUCGAAGAUCAACGAGGCGUCGCAGUCAUACGAGGCUUCCGCGGAGGCCAAUGUAAACGCACCGACGCAGUCAUUUAACGAGAUCGUGCAGAGGACGGCGGACGAACCGAGCGCCGACGAGGCGAUCGAUGAUCAGAGCUUUCCCACACAGAGUUAUGAAGUGGACAAGGGAGAGGGCAUGACGGAAAAUCUGGAGACUGACGCUGAGAUUAGCCAAGAGGGCAAUAUACCGUCACAGUCAAACGAUAUCGGCGCUGAUGGAAUCGGCACGUCGUCCGUAUCGACGAAUAAUUCCGGAUUGAACGAGGACGAGACGGCGAGCUCGUCGUACGUGCCGGAGACGCCCGAAAACCAAGAACGUGACCAGGAUCAGGAGAGCGCGAUAAGUACCUCGUCGUACGAGAUACCGCCGUGCGAGGAGCUAAACAUCGCCUCGUCCAGUGUGAUACCCGACACGUCGGUGAGCGCGGAUGAGCGCAUCCACGAUAACGGCGUGCCCGAGAUCCCGACUUCCUCGUCGUACAACCUGAAUCCCGACAUCACGUCGACCCACCACGUGGACUCGGCACCCAGUUCCAGCUACGAGGAUCAGGUAAUAGUCGAGCAGAAUGUGUCGACGUCGUACGAGGUGCCGAUACCAUCGAUGCCCGGCCUGGAGGAGACCUGCUCGCAGAACUUUGUCACAGAGAGCACCGAUCAUCACAGGAACGAGCCGUCCAGCUAUUAUGCCAGCCAUCACCAGGAAGUGACAGCUAGUUACUAUGAGUCUGUGGACCAGGACUCGGCGAACUCCCGGCUGGAGGAAGACCCGCACGAGGAACACGUUACGCCCGGUGGUUACUACGAGGGCAAUCCGCAGGAGGUGAGUCAAAGCUAUUUCGCGCCAGCCGAGGAGACGCCCAAUUACACCAGCCACGGCAUCUCGCCCAGCUACUAUGACCCGAGUAGGCCUGAGAGCGAGGCGAGCCAAAGCUAUUACUCCGCGGAGGAUCUGGACGGCAAAACGGAGGAGCAGUCGUCUUCGUCGCCGAACAUCGAGGCGUCGCAGAGUUUCUACCAGGAGAGAUCGGGCGAACUGAGACUGAGGCAGCAGGGUGAGGCGACUCCGACCUACACCGAGGGAUAUCCGGUGGACUACACGUUGGAGAACUCGCCGAUUGAGAGGCACGACCUCGUGGAGAGUUCCGUGCCAGCCACCAGGCCUAUGGACAGGUAAUAUACUGCGGGGGAUAGAGACGUCGACAAGAGUCCUCUCUCGAAAUAGGCUACUGGGCUACGUUGCCUGCAAGCAUAACGAACUUUCGAGUCUAUUUUCAAAACUGUAAAUAUAAUAUUAAGAUAAUUGUAAUGUUAAAGUAAGCGUUUAGAUUCUAAGAUGAAAUCUAGCGUCUAGUUUUACUGUUAGCCUCCUACGUAUAUAAACGCAUGCGUGUGCAUGUCCAUACAUACUAAGAUAAAAUGAAAACAAGGAAAACCCGAAUGUGUAAUCCGUUCUUAGAUCCGAUACGUGACACAUUACUCGAAGGGAUUAUGUAGUUCUAUUAUAUUGUGCCGUUACGAUUCUGAUUUUCUGACCGUCGUCUGUGUUUGAUAUAUCGUGAGAAAGAUGAAAAUGUCUAUACAAUUGCUAGAAUAUGUCUAUUUAUAUAUAAAGAGUGCAUCAUAAUUAUCCUUACUUUGGAAUAUUACCAAGAUUUACAUCGCGCGGACAGUUUUCAAUUUCCGUCGAUAUUUCUGUGUAUCCGGAGCAAUGGUGAGAGUCGGAAGUAGUAAUUGUUGACAAAAGAUUUCUUUUUCAGCAAAAUGUUUAAAAUGAUGAACGAUCAAAUAUUUGUCCGUAAAAAGGAAGAGAUCGAUGGAUCCAGCAUUUCACCGCUGUUCCGUAACGUUGAGCGUAAACUCGUUUGUUCGUUUAUAAUAGUUUUAAAAGAUAAGAGCUCAUGUGAUUGUAUAAAGCAGGACAGAGCCAUGGCAAAACCUAGCUGGUACUUCUGGAUCAAUUUGAUCUGAGCGUUACCGUAACUGGUAAUAUUCUCGCUUGUUUUGCGUCCUUUCGCUACUCUGCUACCGGCCGCAGUUCGCCAGGCCUUUGCUACGGCCCCGAAAUGAACAGCACAAUAUUUCUGAUCAUGGUAAUGUGCGCCCUACAAAUUCGACGAAAAACGCGAAGAACGUGGGCCCCCGCCUCGGCUUAUGAUUCGAAGACUUAAUUUUCGCUGACAAGUUGUAUUCGUACCUCGGUUUGCUCAAUGUGAACACGGUGAUUUUUAAACUACUUACUGCGCGGAUUGUGACAUGGGAUGCGAGGCUCUGAGCGAAACGAGGAUCGUGCUUUAUUAGAAUUUACAAUUUUAGUUUUUAGAGCCAAAAGUUAAUAAACGAUAUAUAUGGAAAAUAAAGAUGCUUAUUAUUUCACUUAUAUAAUGUGUAUCUUAUAUGUUAGUGCGAUCAAUUGAUGUAAAAAAAGUGCAGCGCAAGCAAGAAAUUUUGUUAGAAAAUCUGUCCUACUUGAGAUAUGGCUAAAUUAAUCGGGGAAACCGAUGGUUUCUAAAUACAUGCACAUAUACAUACGUACACAACUGCGGUUUAUUAUUGUCAGAGAGUAUACUUUUAGCUUUUAACGACGUAACGUAACAUGAGAAACCUAUAAUCGUGACAGUACGUCGGAAGUGAUUCUCGAGAGGAUUUUUAUUGUGCAAUUCUCAAACAAGACAGAUUUGCCAGAAUUUCGUAAAAAAGAAAUAUUAUAUUCUUUAUAGUCUCAUGUUAUAUCAAAAAUAAAUCUAUGUUUUUAUUU